ACGCUCUUGCUUUCCGAAUAUUUGAUAUUUGUCACAACUUACAACAUCUGUACGAUUCGUUUGCGAAAUGGUGAACCGUCAUGACGUUCAAAGACUAGUAAUGACUCUUCUUUGUCGUCUCUGAUUCUUCCUCCGCUUCGGAACUCUUCAAGCCGGCCUUAAACCCCAUUUUACACUUAUAUCUGUUUUGGCUUUUUCUCUGUUCAAUUUAAAGUAACUCUUAGGUUGCAUCCAAUAUUGGAUUUGAGCUGUGAAAACUGCCUUGAGCCGUGUGGGAAAAGGAGAUUGAUGCAUCUGGUCACCGACCUCUUUUGAUCUUCUGGAUGACUUCAAUUUCUUCUCUUUUUAAUUUCAACGAUUUGGAUAGAUCCGAUUCUGGUCUAGAUUGAUUGUUUUAAUCUGUAAUUUUUUCUGGUGGGGGUUCAGUCGUUGAUUGCAUUCAAUUUCUGGGUUCUAUCUGAAAUGUUCUAUUUCGAUAACUCUAUCUCGCUCUGCAAGUCCGUUGACCAGCCCCCUGCUAUGGCGAAUUCUAGUUGUUCAGCCGACUUGGGUUCUAAAUCGAGGCGAAGCAAUAACAUCCUGCGGAAUAGGAAAACGCCCACUUCUUUCAAUAGUCUGCAAAUCCCACCUUGCGAUCGAUCUCGAUCUCGAUUUGCGGUGGUGGAUGCUGUGAUAUUUGUCGCUGUAAUUUGCGCGUGCGGAUUCUUGUUACUUCCCUACAUUCAGAUUUUGAUAAUUAAGUCUAUUGAGAUUGGUGGGACAAUCCUGCACGCGGUGAAAGAGGAGUUUUCUGCGGCCCCUUUGAUCUACAUCUCUAUAGGACUAAGUGUCUCUUCUGCUAUAUUGGCUACCUUUUUAGUCGUAACUUGGACAGGUAGAAAGUGUGGGAAUCCCAAUUGCAAGGGCCUUAAAAAUUCUGUUGAAUUUGACAUUCAAUUAGAGACAGAGGAUUGCGUGAAGAAUUCAGCUUCAUUGGGAACAGAUGGAGAUGAAUUCAAGAAGGGCUUGUUUGAACUGGCUCGCCAUCAAAACAGGGAAUUGGAAGCUCAACUCAGGAAGAUGGCACCCCCUAAUGGAAGGGCUGUACUUAUUCUUAGGGCGAAGUGUGGGUGUUCUAUUGGUAGAUUACAAGUUCCAGGUCCCGCCAAGAAGCAUCGAAAGAUCAGGAAGUAGUAUCACACAUGAGAUGAGACCCGUUAACUUUGUAGGUGUUCUCUGGUCUAUCUAAUGGGGAAUUAGCCUAGGUUGUCUUUAAAUAAGCCCUCUCGGCAAUAAGUUGUAAGCUUGUGAUGACUGACGAAAUAUGGAUCAUAAUGAAUUUGUUACACCUUGAAAUAUAAUAACCCUUAAUUAAAUUUGCUUCUGGGGAUUACUUUCCUGUUUUAGGUUUAUUAGUUUCAUCAUUCAUGGUCGCAGUAAUAGCAGUCUGGGAAUCAAUGUCCACAGUAUCUUAUGAUUUACCUGUUAGAACAGAGAAAAUUGUCAUUCUGGUUAUCUGGCAUUAUUAUGAACAUACAUUAAAACCUUGUCAAGUUCCAGUCUCGAGAUGUUAUGUGAAGGCGCAAUAGUUUGCUUAUAUUUAAGAUCUUUGUUUCUUCACUUUACUGUAAUGCUUGUACACUGGUGGACAUUCUAAGCAGAAUUUGCGAAUUUGACUAUCAUUA